CGUAGGGCGGCUGGAAUUUUGGCUCCCGUGGCAAAGCCAGUGGAGCACCAACCUUUCAGCUGUCCUGGGAAAGACGCCCACGGCGCAGACUGGGUUCAAAGCAGCUCUUCGCCCAUUGAAGCAUGGCUGGUAUCCUGGACACCGGCUCCUUCGAGCUGGUCGUGUUCUCCAAGAUUUGCGCGACCUGCGGCAAGGCUUCUCGGUACGACCCGUCCUUGAGCGAGACGCACAGGGCUGGCAGCAUGUUCGCUGGGCAGUACUACGGGAGCGGCGAGACGUGGUCCCAGGACGCCUCGGACGAGAUGCUCUUGGGGCCAUACCGUGUCAACCAAUCCUUCUGGGAGGUGUCUAAGGCGAAGAUGCCGGUCCUCCUGGCGUCGGAAUUCCACGCGAUUAUCGGGCUCGGGCCGCCCGAGACGCCCGCCAAGGACGCCUGGGAGGCGGCCGCGAGGUCGGCGCGCAACGUCUCGGCGGUGCUGUCGACCGUGGGCGAGGUCGACAACGCGACGCUGCAGGCGGCCCGCAACAAGGCGAAGAUCGCCGUCGCGAUGGGGAAGCGCUCCACCGUGCUCAAGACCAUGGACGAGAACAUGUUCUCGGUCUGCAUCGGGAAGGACCCAGGGUCCGACGGGGUCCUCGUCUGGAACGACA